UAUUUUAGGUGAGUAACCCAUUCGUUUUCAUUCAUAUGCAUUCAAUGACAAGAAGCUGAAUUUCCUACAGAUAUAGGGCACAAUUGAGCCUCUUCCCAAAGAGGAAAAAAAAAAAAGUGUUCAACUUCAAACAUUACCAGCUACCAGGCCACCGGUUUGAGAGGAGAGGAGCUGGAAUUAAACGGCCAGUCCUCUUAGGCAGCGGCGGUGAUGGAGUCGGAAGCUUCAUCGUCGAACGAUCACAGUAAAGAAGACAGAAGCAGGGCAAAAAGAAGAAAGAUAUUAGAAAAGAAGAAGGCAAUUGACGAAUUGAUAAAAUCAGCUUCUGUUGUAAAGGAUCAUCUCGCUUCUUUCCUGCCAUUUCGCCAUUUCAAUAGAAAUGGCUUGUCAUUGUACUUGGAAUCCGGAAAUGGUGAUAAACUGUCUGCUUCUCUAAAGCGAAAACUUCAAAACCUUCUUAAGGCUAACAUGGAGAGGCAUUAUGGUCCUGAUUGGGCUAGUGAAGAGAAGGUGAAGCAAAGGGAAAUGGUAGCACCAGAAGCACGUUAUAUAUUCGUUUAUGAAGCUCAGGCUAAAGCUCAAACUCCAUCAAAUGAGAGUAUGUUAGUUGGGUUUGUACACUAUCGGUUUACUCUGGAGGAAGAAAUGCCUGUCCUUUACGUAUAUGAAAUUCAGCUCGAGUCUCGUGUACAAGAGAAAGGAUUAGGGAAAUUUCUAAUGCAACUUCUUGAGCUUAUUGCUCUUAAGAAUUGCAUGAGUGCUGUAGUCUUAACUGUCCAAAAAGCAAAUGUAGACGCUAUGAAUUUCUAUAGUAAGCUGAGUUCUAACUUUUUGCAGAUAUACCAUAUCAAGCAUUUCACCAUCAAGAGCUGAUCCACUGAUGGGAAAUCAGAAGAGUUAUGAAAUUCUUUGCAAAGCAUUUGACGAUGAAGCUAAAGCCAAAGACGGUUAAGUAUUUUCAACGAGUAAACCUGGAUGAAGUGGUUUUCUCUGAUGAAAGGCUUAAAGAUAAUUCGUACUGGGCAAAGGAUGGUGUUGAGAAUGGUUAUGGUGAAAAGGCACAAGAAAUUCUUGGGCAAGUUAGAGGAAGGUACAUUUUGUAGUUGAGGCUUUUGUUUUUCAUGAUACCUUGAGAUGCAUUCACAGAGAAUAAAAUCUAGAUGUUUAUGCUGUUUUGAUAUAACCUCAAUGCCUAUGAGAAUCAGAAAAGGAAUCAAAUUAGUUAUAUAAAGUCAUCCUAGGAUGAUUUGGCAAAUUAUGCAAUUAUUAUAUCAUGUCAAACUGCUCUUUUCAAGGAACCUGUAAAUCAUGUAGCCCAUAAAGAAAGAGUUAUUUUGUUUUAAUUCGUACUUUUAAAUUUUCAACAAAAUAGAUUUUUCUGAUAA